AUGGCGGUCCCAAGAAAAGAAUUCAAGAUUGUCCCCGCCACCGAGGAAGAUGCCGUUGCGCUCGCGGAAGUGGAAUCCAUUGCCAAUGAAGAGGCGAACCUAUCCCGAGGACAGAAAAAUGUCUCUCAUGUUAUCUUCGGGCCCCCUAACGAAGUUAAGCAUAACUUCCGAGCCAAGGGACUUGUUGAAAAGAUGAAAAACGACCCCUUUGUACGAAACUGGAAAGCAGUCGUCGAAGAAGACGGCCAGGAGAAGAUUGUUGGCUGGGCAAACUGGUUCUUUUAUACUGAGCCGCAGCCUAUUGAAACCAAGGAGAUUGACUGGCCCGCCGGAAUGAAUGCAAAGGGCUGCAACGAGUUCAUCGGCGCCUUGACGGCCAUGCGAGCGAAGUACCAGACCGGCAGAAAAUUUGGCUACCUGCAAGUCCUCGCGACGCUGCCGGGGUACCGCGGAAAUGGAAUCGGCUCUGGUCUCCUGGAGAUCGGUCUUGCCGAGGCGCGCCGUGCCGGCUUGAAUGAGUUCUUCCUCGAGGCAUCUGAUGAUGGACACGACCUUUAUGCGAAGUUCGGGUUUAAGGAUCUUGAGCGUACUUUGAUAGAUCUUGUGCCAUAUGGCGGAGAGGGCCAGGCUCAAACUCGGGCUAUGAGAAUACUCCCCAACUAA